AGUUAAAUUAUUCAUAAAAAUUUUUAAUGGAAAUAUUUUUCGAUCGAAAAUUCAAAUCUGAAAUUCAUUUUUAUUUUUAUCCGAUUAAUAAUAUGUGGUCUGCCUCUAGUCAUGGGAGGUCAUUGGAAGCUUUCUAUAAGGGAACUAUACCCACUUACACAUCUGUCCACCAGCAUCCCUUGGUAAAUACGGCUGAAGAACACAGAAUACGAACAUUAGAAGUUCUAUCAUUGACCACAUGCCGAGCGUGUCUGGCCACUGGGAAUGUAUUUGGCCAACCUUGGUUUCGUUAGAAUGAUGCUCGAAGAUCACACUUAAAAUAUUCCUGAACGCAUACGGGUGAAAACGCGAAGAUACUUUCAUAAUGAUUCGUUUUUUCAAAGAUCUCAAAGUACCCAUAUUGCCUGUACGAAGAUGCAGAGAUACGGGUCCGAUAUAUAGGACGCUUGUCACGCGAGAGAUCUCGAGAAUGAAUCCAAUUGUAAAGUUAUUUCUUUUUUCAAUCGAAUUCCAACGGAUCCUUUUCAUAAAGGUUUGACUACCAGCAUCGUUUUUUAAAGAAAUUUUUUAAGCUAAUCAUUAUGAUUAAAAACAUUAUUCAAGAGUUUAAAAUUUUAACAUGUUUGAAAUAUGCAGGAUGUCUGUUCUCAUUCCUUCAU